CAACUCAGAAUGAGUAGAGCCUCAGAGUCCUAACACACCGGGACAGCAGGACAAGUAGAACAGAAGGGUAAAGCUGCAGGAGGCCGAAGAAAAAAUAGGAACAUAGAACUGAGAAUAGUAAACACACUGAUAGGAAAACCAGAAAUCAGAGAAUGAUAGUAGAAUAAAAGAGCAACAUAAGUAAAGGACAGCAGACUGCAGCGGAGGAUGGAGUGGACGGUCAGAGAGAUGUAACAGCCCUGAGGAGAAGUGGUGGAAUUUUAUUCUUUGUCCUGCAAAAUCACACAAAGGUCCCUCCCUCCCUUUCUCCCCUUCCCUAGCUCUGUCAUGCCUAUCCUCAAAAACCUCCCAGUCCGCCUGAAAGGUGGUGGACCGACACUACAUAACGCCUUGAUCCUGCGCAGGAUGAGCCUCAACAUCAACCCUCACCACCCUCUCAACCCCUUUGACAAUGACCAUGACAGAGUCCAUAACAAUGGCAACCACUGGUCUCCCGGUAGCUCGCUCCUGGAUGGGGACGUGCCCAGGGACCGCAACCCAUUUGAGGAUGAGGAGGAUGAGAAUGAGGCCAAUGAAGGAAAGAAGGCAGGAGGUGGUGGAGGAGGUGGAGGAGGCUCAAUGAAGGGCUCAUUCAAGUUCACAUCCCCAUUGAAGACACUGGGGAAGCUGGGGAAGAACCUGAGAGCAUCUGGGAGCAGCAAAAGUGGUUCACCCUCCCCACAGAGGUUGGGGCAAGGAUCAUCUUCCCCUGCAGAGAAGAAAAAGAGGGGAAGAAGGAGCUCUGAAGGAAGUCUGCUAAGAUUUGCAGGGAAGUAUCGUGACACCAUAAGCCCCCGGAAGGAGCUGGUCACCAACGGGGAGCUGAACUGCUCGGAGAGUGAAUGUGAUUCCAACAGCCGACGUGUUUCCUUCAUGAAGAUAGUUGGCCUGGGGAAGAUGAAAAGGGAGUCCAUGAAUGACCGGCUGUCUCAGGGCCCUGAAGAACAGAGACUACAACAGGAAGUAGUGGAGGAGGUCAAGCCUAGAGAGCCACUUUCAGUCCUUGAGAUCCAUCAGCUUGUCAAAAAGCGAGAUCUCUUCUUGGCUGACACGCACAUCAUGGAGCUGGAACAGGAAUGCUACGAGUCUGCUGUGAGUGAGAGGGCUGCUGCAACCACAAUGGAGGAAGUGAGCAGCUCGAGCAAAGAUGGCGGUCGGAAGGUGAAGGACGUGGAGCUGCUGUAUGAAGAGCUGCAAAAGGAACUGUGGGCCGUGGUGACGGAGUCGCUUCGGUCGCCAACGGCCGGGCCAAACCUAGGCUUGGUGGUGCAGGUGCUGCAGCAAGAAGAAGAGGCUGACAAAGACUGGGCCCUCAAGAAGGGUGCAACAACUGGUGGCCCAAGGCCUCGCUGCCUGAAGCAACGCUGGAAGGAGGCAGUAGAGAAAGGUGCUGACAUCGCCUUACCCCAGACAACUGAAUUCACCUCUGGAGAACUUGUCAGUUACUUGGACCGUCUGCGAGUGCGGGUGGUGGAGGACCUAGGGGCUGCUAAGAGGAACGUGGUGUCUAUUUACCCUGAGGAAUACCAGUCCUUCCAGAUCUAUGUGCAGAGCUACCACCAGGCUGUUGCUCAACGGCUGGCGGCCGUCACUGAAUAUCAGCUUCAGAUCACUGACAUCUACUCUCUGCUCGACUGGCUACAUAACAUAUACAACAGAGAUGUACUGCGCACAGUUUGCAUAACAAGCCCGUUCGCCCACUCUCAGCUCAGUCCUCUCCUGCCAGCACACACAGUGGACAGACUGGAGCUGGACUGUCUCAACUCUGUCAGGGCUCGGGUGACCACGGAGCUGAGCCAGGUUUUGGAUGAAGAAGAGAAGAGAUGGAUGGAGACGCUGCACAUCGAGGAGUAUCAGAUCACCUUGGCUAAAUCUGUGAUACAGAGGCUGCAGGUUGAUCUCGAGCGCUCGGCCUCCAUCAACAGGAGUUUGGGCUCCAGAGUGGCUCAGUGCAGCCUCAACGGUCUGGCUGACUUCCUCUACAGUUUUCAGCGUAAAGUUGAGAUGUUCCAUGAAGCAAUGCAAAACGGGAUGUAUGGAGACAAUGAGGAUGGCUACAUCUCUAAAACCAUUGCCCUCGUCAACUGCUGCCCUCCAUUCAGGGGCUUUGUGCAGCGCUGUGCUCAGUGCGAUCCGUCUGUCAGCCAGGACUCCAUGCAGCGAGCCAACAGAGCUCUGGAUCACACCGUCAACCAGGGAAUCCGAGUUUUAUCUGAUCACCUGUUCCAGCACAUCAGGCCUUUCUUUGACAGGCUGGUGAAGAAGAAAUGGUUGAGCAAUGCUGAGCCAUAUGAGCAGAUAGAAGCUCUGAUCAAAGAAUAUUUCAAGAAAUAUCGCAGGAUGGACAGCCCUCCAUACCAGGUGAAGCAGUGGCUGAAUGGAAAUAGCCUUCAAUUGAACUCCGAGAAAACUGAGACACUUGUUGUUGCCCCUGAUGAUGCCAUUCCCGGCAUCAAGCAGCAGUUGGGUGACUUGGGCUCGUCAGUUAAGUCAAGUCUGCGGAAUCUUGGAGUCAUCUUUGAUGAAUUUCUGGCAGCAGAUAUCCACCGCCGUGUGGUGAUGGAGUAUCUUCGGUCACUCAUGAGAGGCAGAAUCAUAUGCACCUCUACAAAGAUGAGGAAUAAGAUGUCUGGCCGGCUUAGAGACGAAGGAAAGCAGAUCAAAGCCCUCUUCAAUGACCUGGAGUCUCCUUCCAGCUGGCUGGACGGCGCUCUGGCUCACAUCUCAGAGCUCAUCCACCUGGAGGACAUUCCCUCCAUGCAGAUGGAGGUCGGUGUUCUGGUGAGGGAGUUUCCUGAUGUGAGGAAGAAGCAUGUGUCUAGCAUUUUGAACAUCCGGGGUAUGACUCGCCAGGUGGAGCGCCAGGAGAUCCUCAAUAUCGUAAAGGACUUUGAAAGCACUGACGACAGCAGCUCUCCGUGGCUUCCUCGCGACCGCGGCCUUUUUUCCGAGGUGCCAGUCACCUCAGAGGUCCAUUGCCUGAAUCUCGGCCUGAGUCGCAUCGCCCUGACCACCUCGUCCUGCUUUACUCUCCUAAGACCACGCCGCACAGCUCGAGCCCCCAUUCAAGACAACCCAGAUGAUGUUCACUAAACAGCUUAUGUGAAGUUUCGACACUGAGACCAAAACUACAUUUGGUUGAUACUGAAAAGCACUUUGCAUGAAUGACGCAACAAAUGGAACUCGACAAUGGAUUUGAAUAACAGUGGUGAUUAAUAUUAGCAGUUGAAAUCCUACUGAAUAUGUUCAUCCACCAUGCUGCCCUUGUAAGGAAACCUUUUGCUUUUUUCUUCUUCUUUUAGCUUUUUUGACUGUUUUAUGUUUUUGGUGUGCCAAUGCCCAAAAUGGAGUAGGAAGAUGAAGGUAGCCUAGAUUAUCGCAAAGAAUUCAAAUAUAGCAAACCUGCAAACCUGCUAGCCUCCAUCAAUAAUGUCUGAAAUUUCAUAGUUUGUCGUCUUUGCUAGCAGGCUAGCCAUAAUUUAAUUGAAGAGUCAGUUGGAGUUCACAGCUCAGACCUGUGAGGUGACUGACCAGAAUGGUUCUGAGUAUUUCCAACUUCACUUGUGGAGAUUUUGGAAGCUGACUGAUAUCAGGACCUUGUGGAGCAUGGAAAGGCUGUUGGAAAUGGAACAUUUUUAUUGUUCAGCAUUUUGCUGAAGAAUCAAACUAAUGUCUGCUGUCGCUGCUGUUUGGAAGACAGUCACAUUGGAUGUAUGUGGACAAAACAUGGAUUUUAAGAAGAAAAGUUUGAUGUGGUUUGAUAUGAGCAGAACAAAAGAUGUGGCUAGUGGAAAUUAUGACAAAUCUGGACUGCAAAAAACACCUCGCAAAAAACAUAUUUUACUCCUCGUGAUUAUCAUGUUUGUCCAUUUUACAUGAGGCAAGUUGAAAUUUUGCCUUUUGUGGAGAAAUGUUUUGCAUAUUUUGGAGGGAAAAUCAUAUUUGAUAACAGCUUGAUGGUUUUUUUUCUUUUCUUUCAUCAAUCAAAAAGACUGGAUUUAGAGUGACUUAAAUUUAACUUUUUUCUUCUUUAAAAAAAAAAAUCGAAAUUCAGUUUCAUGUGUUCAAAAAGCAAGCAACAUGCCAACAAGUUCUUGAUAUCUGUUUUAGUUUUUAGUGAAGGCAUGUUAUGGUGAUCAUCUUCUUAUGCUGGUGUCAUAUUUUUUUUUGCGGGACGUCUGGACUUUUUAUCCGAUAGCACUUUAAUCAAGAUGACAAAAAAGAUGCAAGUUUUUUUAUAUGUGUAGACAGACUCCUCGGGAGUAAAGAACAUGAUGACACGACUGAAAUAAAGAGGGACUA